AUGGAUCCUGGCGAUGUCAGCCCGACUUCCCAGCGGCACUACGCUGAAGGGGAGGCUGCGGUCACGGAAGAGAGGUUCAAGCGAUUCCAUGAUAAUGCAGAGUCCACGUGCAAGGCUGUGAAGCUCCAAGAUCUUGGAGUGUGCUCCGUGGCCUCGAAGACCUUCCUGAACUUUUACGAAUGCACCGAUGUGGCAACUGGUCUUGGAGGCUCCCCGCAGGAGCAAGUCUUGGACAAGCCUGCCACGGGUGGAGAUGCAACACGUCGGGAGCCUUGUGACUUCCAAUUGGACGAGGAGCCCGGGAAGUCUUUGGCAAAGCAGGCCGUGCAGGCGAAGGACCCCCCGCACAUGGAUGUGACCGGCUCGGCCAUGUCUGUGGUGAGCGUGGCCUUUGUCCCCGGCUUCGGUUUGCCCUCGGCCAACCCUCUCUGGGGCGGAGCCACAGGCAUCUGGGUCGGCAACCUGCCCGGCCUUUGCCGCGAAGCCGAAUUCGACCAUUUCCUUUGCCGCCUGGGCUUCCCGAACGUGCAGGUGUUCAUGCCUCGCAAGGCCAGGGUACCCAAGCGAAACAAGGGUUUUGUGUUUCUGAAUCCCGGAAAGACCAGGCUGUUGAUGUUAGUGAACGCCCUCUGGGGCCGCCGGCUCAUCCACCGCACGCGCGAGCAUGGGCUCGUGUUGCGGCCGCAGAACUUGCAUGAUCUGCAGGAGCGAUUCGGCCAGAUCUUGAAGCCAUGCAUGUAG